GAGGUCUUUUGGGUGCUUCCGGUUGCACGACUCACUUCGAAUGACGUUGAAUAACAACGCUGAAAAAAUGGCUGCAGGAAGCAGCAACUAUUGGGAAGAUUUGCGGAAACAAGCACGUCAAUUAGAAAAUGAAUUGGAUCUCAAGUUGGUAUCCUUCAGCAAACUUUGCACCAGCUAUAGCAGCUCCAGAGAGGGCCGUCGAGGAGAAAGCUCUGACACCACACCACUUCUCAACAACUCUACACAGGAUAGGAUGUUUGAAACUAUGGCUGUGGAAAUUGAACAACUUCUUGCAAAGCUGACAGGAGUCAAUGACAAAAUGUCAGAAUAUAGCAACACACCAGGUGUUACAUCUUUAAAUGCAGCAUUGAUGCACACACUUCAGAGACACAGAGAUAUCCUCCAGGACUACACCCAUGAAUUUCAUAAAACCAAAGCCAAUUUCCUUGCAAUUCGUGAAAGAGAAGACCUUUUAGGAUCUGUACGGAAAGAUAUUGAGUCAUACAAAAGCGGGUCUGGUGUGAACAACAGAAGAACAGAGCUAUUUUUGAAGGAGCAUGAGCAUCUGCGCAACUCUGAUCGUCUCGUAGAUGACACAAUAAGUAUUGCUAUGGCAACAAAAGAGAAUAUGACUUCCCAACGAGGAAUGCUGAAGUCAAUUCAAAGUCGUGUCAACACUCUUGCCAAUCGGUUUCCUGCUAUUAACAGUCUCAUUCAGAGGAUAAACUUGAGGAAGAGGAGAGACUCUUUAAUCCUAGGAGGAGUCAUUGGGAUCUGUACCAUUCUGCUGCUGCUGUAUGCUUUCCAUUGAUGAACAGUUGACCUGACCUGGCAGUAGGGCUGGCCUUAAUUAAAGAACAAGGGAAAAAUAGGUUAGAAACUGGCAGUGCCCAUGUUGCUGACAUUUAACCUGUGGCCAUUUGAAAACAUUUCCUGUUUCAGAGCUCUGCUGCAGUUAGAUGUUCUCAGUAGCACAUUAAAUUAAAUUAUAUGUGAAUUAUUUCAUAUAAAUUUAAGGAAACAGAUUGUACUGUGGCUUCAGAAAGAGAUGCUGAUAUGUAUAUGUGUGUGUGUGUAUAAAUAAAUAUAUAUAUAUAUAUAUAUAUA